AUGGCUGUCAAAAAGUCAAACAAGAAGAACUCUGUGAAUGGUGGUAAUGAAUUAGCUCAAAGAUUAGGUGCUGUUGCUGCUCCAAAGAAAACCAAAGUAAAUAAAUCAAAUGGUGGAUCAAUUAAAGGUAAUAAUAAGAAAACUAAUAAAAAAGAACCAAUAAAUCCAUUAUUAGCUCGUAUUGAUGCGUUACAGAAAGUUCAUAAUGGUCAAUCAAAGAAUAAUAACUCAAGUAUACUUGAUAAUCCAUUAGCCCAAAGAAUACGAAUUGUUGAUUCCAAACAAAAUAGACCAAAAGGUCCAUCAUCUAAAGUUAAAUUUACUGCAGCAUCUAUUUCAAAACAAACACAAGCGUUACAAUCAUCAAGAUUGAAAAAGCAAAAUAAAAUCACUAAAGAACUACCCAAAAAGAAUAAAAAAUCAUCAAAUCAAAUACGGAAUCCAACUAUUUUAAAAAUUAAAAAUGCAUCAAAUCCAAAAUUCUUAAAGAUUAAAAACUUGGAAUAUGGUACAAGUAUAAAUGAUCUGAGAACAGUUUUAGAAUCAAUAGGUAAAACUAAGUUAAUUAGAAUUAAUGAUUUAGAAUCUGGUUCUUCAAUGGCAGAAGUUGCAUUUAGUUCAGAAUCUAUUUUAGAAACUGCUCAUAUUCAAUUAAAUGGUGCUUUAGCUGAUGGUCGUAAAUUAAGAACUGAAAUAUCAAAUGAAAGUGAGAUUCCUACUCAAGUUAAUCAUAAUAAUGGACCAAGAGUUUAUAAAUCAAAAAAUUAA